AUGUUAUUAUCUGCUUCGGUACUUGGUAGUCUAAUCGUCUCCUUUAUGAUAAUCCCCAAAUUCGAACCAGCAAAACCCUUUCCUCAAUGGCCAAAUCCUCCUACCAAACCUACCGGCGCCGAACUAGGAGCUACCGGAACUGGCUGGAGCUCCCGGACGACGUCACCGCUUCCAUACUCUCCCGCCUCGGCGCCAUAGAAAUCCUGACGCGAGCUCAGAAGGUCUGCAUGCCGUGGCGCAAAAUCUGCAAGGACCGUUUGAUGUGGCGCACCAUCGACAUGAGAAACGACGGUUUUCUCCGCGAUUACGACUUCGACUUGGACAAGAUGUGCCGCCACGGCGUUGAUCGGAGCUCCGGCGGUCUCGUCGACAUCAAUGUCGAACACUUCGGCACCGAUGAGCUCCUCAAGUAUAUCACUAAUAGUUCAACUGGAAUUAGACGCCUCCGUUUAGUCUGUUGUUAUGGCAUAACCGAUGAGGGGUUGAUUGAAGUGGCUUCGAAACUUCCGCUGCUGGAGCACCUUGAAAUUUCUUUCAGCUUUGCCUCUGCUCAAUCUUUGGAAGUGAUUGGGCGCUCUUGCCCUCUUUUGAAAUCACUCAAACUGAACAAAUAUGGGUACAGAUGCCCGUAUCAUGAGUGCGAUGAUGAUGCACUUGCUAUAGCGUCCACAAUGCAUGAUCUACACCACCUGCAGCUUUGCGGUAAUAAGCUGACCAAAGAUGGCUUGCAGAAAAUCCUUGAUUGUUGUCCAAAUCUUGAGUCACUUGAUCUGCGCAAGUGUUUCAAUAUCAAUUUCGGGGUAGUUUCGAAAAGAAGAUGCAGUAAACGAAUUAAAAGUUUACGGCUUCCUGAUGAUUCCACCGAUGACUAUGAGUUUGAUCGUGCAAAUCGUAGGGAGUUAUAUGCUCAAACCCAUUGCGACCCAGAUUAUGGUGACUUCCUCCUAUUCGGACGUUCUGUUUUUGGUCGAGAUUGGUAAACAGCAUCAGAUGUACGGAGCAUUGCCAGGGCAACUAUUGUUCUAGUAUACUAGUAUGUAAUAACUUAUAGCUAUAUGCUUUACUCGAGCAUAUAGCUCUACUGGGUGUUGUUGUAGUACUUUGUAAUUCCAGUUGAGAUGGUUGAGUUGAGCUUC